GGGAAAUCGGACAUCUUGCGACGGAUAAGCUUGAUAGGUGGUGCAUAGCGCUAACGUAGUGCGAUGAUGGUUUGCGUUACCCCGGAUGGGUGUAGUAGGCUAUUGUAUUUCCCCGCCGGUUGAGGGCAUGUUAACUCUAUCUGCCUCAGGAUGAACUUUGUAUUAUUGUUCACGAUCACCCAUUUUAUCCUUCGUAAAUCUACUAUUGCUGCUACUAUUGCUGCUACUUGGUAUUGUUGAAUGAUUGUUUAGCCUUACUUUGAUAUUAGCCGAUAUGGAGCUUCCCUUGAGAAAAGACUUGCGGCCAAAAGCUGGCGAGCCCGAAGACUCGGCGUGGAUAUGGGGAAGCGAUGAUGAGCUGGGCAGACUAAACCUGCAAACGCCAGAAAGAGUGAAGAAGGCACUGGAGACCAUCUCUUCUGGGGAAGUCAUCCCGCUCAAUCUCCCGUUCGACCAAGUCGCACCCCCCUGUUAUGGGCGACAGGCUUUUAAACAUUCAAUCCAUCCUCUGGGACAAGUUGGAUUCGACGAUGUUUAUGAUAUAAACCCUCAAAGUACUUCUCAAUGGGAUGGAUUCCGUCAUUUCUGUCACGUUCCCACAAGGCUAUUUUAUAACGGUACUACUGCCGAGGAUAUUCAGGGCGCAAAAGCCUCAACUAAAUGCGGAAUGCAAGCGUUGGCGAAACGUGGCAUCGCAGGCAGAGGCAUACUGCUAGACUAUGGCCGCUGGGCCGAGGCUAACAACAUACAGCCGGUAUACUACGAUAACUUCAAAAUUACCCAUAGCGAUCUUGUCAACGUGGCGCGGUCUCAGGGGAUCGAUCUGAGACCGGUCGCCCAAGGAGGCGAUAUCCAGAUCGGAGACAUCCUGGUGGUUAGAUCUGGGUUUAUAAAGAAUGCAAACUCGCUCACGUAUGAGAAGAGGGCUUCCCAACACCUGCGGAAGAAUAUAUUCGGACCUGAUGACGGACAGCGCUAUAUAGGCGUGGAACAGAGCGAGGAGAUCCUCGACUUGCUGCACGAUUCCUACAUCUCGGCCGUAGCUAGCGACCAUCCGGCAUUUGAAGCGUGGCCAUCCGAGAAAGAUUAUUAUCUUCACGAGAAGCUCUUGGCGCUCUGGGGGAUUCCAAUCGGUGAGCUUUGGGACCUCGACAGACUUGCAGAGAAGUUGGCCGAGAAGAAGCAGUGGACAUUCUUCCUAUCGAGUGCGCCUAACCACGUAAAUGGUGGUAUAUCAAGCACCGCAAACGCUGUGGCUAUCGUAUGAGGUGGAUAGGUGGAUAGAUUCUGUAGUGAUACUGUCGCAAAUAGUUUGAAUAAAUGUGAGAGAAAGCCUGAAAAGGGUUUCUUGAUCAAAUUAUGCCCUGGCAGAAUCGCGUCAAAAAAGAUGCCCCCCAAGCUAGUACAUAAUAUUCCAAAACAUACUCUUAUUUUCAUUGCUAAUAACGCUU